GCCUCGGCCUCCCAAAGUGUUGGGAUUAUAGGUGUGAGCCACCACACCUGGCCAGGUCGGCAGCUUUUAUUCUAGAGUUCUUCCAUAAAGCUCUGAGGAAGGGCCCCAAAGGGAAAAUGGGAAGAAUAGGGGCAAUAUAGGACCUCAUUUCUCUUCCAAUUCUGUUAAGGGCUCAGUGGGAGGGAGAGAGGUUAGAGAGAGUGACAGAGACAGAGAAGCAGAGUGAGUCAGGGUGGGCGAAGGGUGGCUUGUUCUGGGGCCAAAAAUGACACUUCUCCAGAAUGAAGGCUUCCUCAGGUCCCCAGGCCCCUCCCCAAAUCUGCUACAGCUACUCUGUCCCCUCUUCUGUGGCCACAGCCCCCUCCCCACCACCCACAGUUGUGUCCUGGGGACAGAGUCAUCCACCUAGAUCCCCAUUAGACCUUAGGGGAAUUCUAGCAAGGGGCUCCCCUUGGCUGUGUGACCCUGCGCAGGGCUUUUCCCCUCUCUGGGCCCAUCUGUACAAUGUGGGGGCUGAACCAGGCCUAUAAGGGACAUACCAGCUCUGACAUUCAUUGAAUAAUGACUUAAGAGAUAUCUCAGCUCCUCCCCUUCCAUGUGCCCUGAUAAUCCGUGGCUAUGGGGGAAAGGAGCAGUCAUCCUCCAUCCUUCCACCCAUGGCUUCCCAGAGCCCAAGUGCCCCCUGUCUCUGCAGCUCCAUGGCGGCCUGCCUGCUCCUCCUGGGCAUCCUUCUCCUGCUGCUGCCCCUGCCGGUCCCUGCUCCCUGCCACACAGCCACACGCUCAGAGUGCAAGCGCAGCCACAAGUUUGUGCCCGGUGCAUGGCUGGCCGGGGAGGGUGUGGACGUGACCAGCCUCCGCCGCUCGGGCUCCUUCCCAGUAGACACACAAAGGUUCCUGCGGCCCGACGGCACCUGCACCCUCUGUGAAAAUGCCCUACAGGAGGGCACCCUCCAGCGCCUGCCCCUGGCACUCACCAACUGGCGGGCCCAGGGCUCUGGCUGCCAGCGCCAUGUAACCAGGGCCAAAGUCAGCUCCACUGAAGCUGUGGCCCGGGAUGCGGCUCGUAGCAUCCGCAACGACUGGAAGGUGGGGCUGGAUGUGACUCCCCACCCCGCCGGCAACGUGCAUGUGUCUGUGGCCGGCUCACACUCACAGGCAGCCAACUUUGCAGCCCAGAAGACCCACCAGGACCAGUACAGCUUCAGCACUGACACAGUGGAGUGUCGCUUCUACAGUUACCAUGUGGUACACACUCCCCCGCUGCACCCUGACUUCAAGAGGGCCCUUGGGGACCUGCCCCUCCACUUCAACGCCUCCACCCAGCCCGCCUACCUCAGGCUCAUCUCCAACUACGGCACCCACUUCAUCCGGGCUGUGGAGCUGGGCGGCCGCAUCUCGGCCCUCACUGCCCUGCGCACCUGUGAACUGGCCCUGGAAGGGCUCACGGACGACGAGGUGGAUGACUGCCUGAACGUCGAGGCCCAGGUCAACAUAGGCGCCCGCGGCAGCUCCUCUGCCGAAGCCAAAGCCUGUGAGGAGAAGAAGAAGAAGCACAAGAUGACGGCCUCCUUCCACCAAACCUACCGGGAGCGCCAUUCGGAAGUGGUUGGCGGCCAUCACACCUCCAUUAACGACCUGCUGUUCGGGAGCCAGGCCGGGCCCGAGCAGUACUCGGCCUGGGUGAACUCGCUGCUUGGCAGCCCUGGCCUGGUGGACUACAGCCUGGAACCCCUGCAUGUGCUGCUGGACAGCCAGGACCCGCGGCGGGAGGCACUGAGGAGGGCCCUGAGUCAGUACCUGACGGACAGGGCUCGCUGGAGGGACUGCAGCCGGCCGUGCCCACCGGGGCGGCAGAAGAGCCCCCGAGACCCGUGCCAGUGUGUGUGCCAUGGCUCAGCGGUCACCACCCAGGACUGCUGCCCUCGACAGAGGGGCCUGGCCCAGCUGGAGGUGACCUUCAUCCAAGCGUGGGGCCUGUGGGGGGACUGGUUCACUGCCACCGAUGCCUAUGUGAAGGUGUUCUUUGGUGGCCAGGAGCUCAGGACGAACACCCAGUGGAGCAAUAACAACCCCAUCUGGUCAAUGCCGCUGGACUUUGGGGAUGUGCUCCUGGCCACAGGGGGGCCCCUGAGGUUGCAGGUCUGGGAUCAGGACUCUGGCUGGGACGAUGACCUCCUUGGCACCUGUGAUCAGGCUCCCAAGUCUGGUUCCCAUGAGGCGAGAUGCAACCUGAAACAUGGCCACCUGAAAUUCCGCUAUCACGCCAGGUGCUUGCCCCACCUGGGAGGAGGCACCUGCCUGGACUACGUCCCCCAAAUGCUUCUGGGGGAGCCUCCAGGAAACCGGAGUGGGGCCGUGUGGUGAGAACAGUGAGCUUGGAGAGGACUCGUGUGCUUAGACUGAAGGGGUUCUCACAGUGGGAGCCAGGGCUGUCUUCAUAUUCCCAUUAGACCAAGCUCGUCCAACCGGAGGCCCGCAUGUGGCCCGGGGUGGCUUUGAAUGUGGCCCAACACAAAUUCGCAAACUUUCUUAAAACAUUAUGAGAUUUUUGUUUUGUGAUUUUUUUUUUUUUUAGCUCAUCAGCUAUGGUUGGUGUUAGUGUAUUUUAUGUGUGGCCCAACACAAUUCUUCUUCCGAUGUGGCCCAGAGAAGCCAAAAGAUUGGACACCCGUCAGAUAGAUGGAAAAGGGAGACUCAGACUAUUUUUCAGGGAGGUGGCUGGGUAUACACGCCAACCCCGACUCACCCUGUCCAAACUGCCUAAGCCCCCCGUCAUUCUCAAGCCCUGCAGUCACAGCUACACAAAUCACAGCUUCAGCCAGGAGCUGGGCAGAAAGGCCAAGCUCCCACCAGGCUGCCCAGGACUGGUCUUUUAGGACCCUUCCCUUGAGCCCUCUGUGGUGUGGCAAAGCCACUUCAUUGCUUUAACUGGAGUUCCAUCAGCUCCAGCUGCUCUGUCUUCCUUGCCCACAAUGCUUUGCCCCUGAGACAAAUGGAGGCCUGUCCUGACCUGUCUUACCGUGUACAUAGCUUGAUAAAGGGCCAAUAAAUCUGAUGUUCUGGUGAU